UUUUAUUCUCCUCUAUUUGUUCCUUUAUUCCUCACAAAUCAUGAAUGUUUAUCUCAUGAGACAACAUUCUUGAUUUGUCCUCCUUAUUGUCUUUUGCCUCUUUGCCAAGAUAUUCAUAGGAAACUUGUAUUCUAAUUUCCAUUCCAUCUUCAAAAUUACUAUAGGAAUAAUCCAUUUUCCACAUUAGGAAAAGGACCAAAUUAACUAGUCAAUGGAUAAGAAAACUCUGCCUUUUGUUGAAUCUGAAAAUUAUAUGGAAUGGUUUUAAACUCCUGAGGCAAGAUUUACUUUUGAGGAGAUUAUAUUGCAGAAAAAAAUAUUAAAGAUGGGUGCAUGUUGUACCUGUCAAAGGGUACGGCAUUUUGAUCAAGAAAAUUAUCGUCACCAUUUUGUGGAGGAGAAAGAGGAGAAAGAUAUUAUUAUUGUUGAAGAUGAUAAUUAUAAUGGUAAUUUUGCAGGAAAGGGAGAUUUUGGUGCUCAUAUUAGGUUGCAUGGAUAUUCUAAGUUUGUAUCAAUGUAUAGUCAACAAGGUAAAAAAGGGAUUAAUCAAGAUGCCAUGACUGUUUGGGAGAACUUUGGUGGACAGAAAGGUACGUUCUUUUGUGGUGUAUUUGAUGGACAUGGUCCCUCCGGCCACAAAGUCGCGCGCUAUGUACGCGACUUGUUACCGGCGAAAAUUUCGUCAUCUUUAAAGGAGUCUAAUGAUGUGAGUGAUCAAAGAAGCACUGAAAAUGAUGAUGAAACUGAUCAGAACCCACUCUUUGCUACACUGAAAGCUGCAUUUCUCAAGUCCUUUAAGGAAAUGGAUGAAGAACUUGAGAAGGAACCUUCUAUUGAGAGUUAUUCCAGUGGCACAACAGCUGUUACUUUAUUUAAGAAGGGAGAACAUUUGUUAAUUGGAAACUUAGGGGAUUCUCGAGCUAUAAUUUGCACCAGGGAUGAGAAAAAUCAGCUUAUUUCUGAACAACUCACAGUGGACUUGAAGCCUCACAUUCCAAGUGAAUAUGAAAGAAUCAAAAGUUGCAAAGGAAGAGUAAUGGCAAUGGAACAAGAACCAAAUGUGUAUAGAGUUUGGAUGCCAGAUGAAGAUUGCCCUGGCUUGGCCAUGGCUAGAGCUUUUGGAGAUUUUUGCUUGAAAGAUUUUGGCCUCAUUUCAGUCCCGGAAGUGUAUUACAGAAAGCUUACUGAGAGAGACGAAUUUGUUGUAUUGGCAACUGAUGGGGUGUGGGAUGUUUUAAGCAACGAUGAAGUGAUGCGGAUAGUGGCUACAGCAAGAAAGCGAUCAAUGGCAGCAAGAUUGCUUGUGGAAUGUGCAGUUAGAGCCUGGAAAUACAAAUAUCCGCGCGCAAAGAUAGAUGAUUGUGCUGUAGUAUGUUUGUUCUUGAAACGCCAAAGGCCACUGUUAACCAAAUCAAUGUCCGAAGUUACUCAAUUGAGCUUCAACUAUACAGAGCUAGCAAACGAUCAAAAUUACCCUGACAACACCAAAACAGACGAUGGCCUUGAUACAUUGCUUAAUUUUCAAGUCGAAGAAGAUAAUGAUCAAGAUAUUGCUCGUGGACCUGAAGAUGGAUCGGAUAAUAUCGAUAAUAAGAAUUCAUCGACAGAGAAUACACAUAAUCAGGGCCGACGAAGAAGAUCUGGAAUGAAGUUUGUGUAUCCUGAUGAUCAUCAAUAAUGUAAGAGAAUAUAGGUUACUGGAAAUUGAAACCAAAUGCUUGUAUACAUAUAUAUAUAAGUGGCCAGAUUUUCUUCUAAGUGUUUAAUAUUUAUUAUUACAUAAUAUGUUGCUCUAUCAGUAAGAAUGUAAUAACUUAGAAUUUUAUUAUGUACAUAUCCUUUUGUGUCUAGUUCGUUAAAUCGAGUU